AAAAUGCGAUAGAUCGGUAUAUAAACGCGGCGAAUUUUACAGUAUAUCACUUCAACAUUUUAACCGAUACUACUGUAUAUUCAAAAUAUAAACUACUUUGAUAAAUAUUCAAGGGAGGCUCUUUUAAAAGGAAUCGAGAAAAAUGGCGCUUCCUAACGGUCCGAUGGAGAUUGUUUUUUCCUUUGACACAACCGGAAGUAUGUACGAAUGUAUUGAGGAAGUUCGUGGCAGAGUCUCUGACAUGAUACAGCGUCUUCAAGCAGAUAUACCGGGUAUUAAAAUAGCUAUAUUUGCGCAUGGCGACUAUUGCGACAAAGGAACCGCUUACGUCACAAAAUUCAUUGACUUUACUGAUGACGUCGCUAAGGCCGUUGAUUUUGUAAAAAAUGCAAAAAACACUUGGGGUGGUGGAGAUGGAGGGGAGUGUUAUGAAUUGGUUAUGCACGAGGUUCGGACAAAACUGUCCUGGACACCAGGUUCUCAAAGGGCACUUGUUUUAAUUGGUGAUGACGGUCCACACGGACCAAGCUUUCGCCAAAAUAAGUUAAAACUGGAUUGGAGAAAGGAAGCUGACAGUCUGGCGUCUAUUGGCGUCCGAAUAUACUCUGUUCAGUGUGAUGAUUAUGAACCGGCAGAUUACUUUUACGCCGGCAUCGCGCAGAGAACUGAUGGUCAACAUCUCAGGUUGAAAGAUUUCAAAAAUCUCUUUGACUUUUUGAUGACAGUUUGCUAUAGGGAAAGGGGUGACGAUCUUUUCCAUAACUAUGAGAAAGAAGUUCGUUCAAGGGAUGGCAAGGUUCAUAAAGAUUUAGAUAAGUUAUUUGGUGUCUUACGGAAACAAUCAUCAAAUGCCUCCAUGUCUGCUGGAAGUUCCACUCAGGUGGUAUCAAAAUCAAAACGUAAUACAACAUCCAAAGGCAUUAAGAAUACUAAAACACCUGCAACUUCUUUGAAGCAGAAUACAACAACUUCAAAGAAACAAAUUAGAAUUAAAUCACCAAUUUCAAAGCCAGGCAUAUCUAGAGUCUCAAAGCGAGCUACGCCAGCUAAAAUGCAAUCGACACAGAAGAAACAAAUGAGAAAAACAUCGACGCCUGCUUCAACAUUCAAAAGGUACGAGGAGAAAUACUUACCGAAAUUACGUCGGGAAAAUGUCCCUCAGAGUAACUUUGCCUUGAGAGAACUGCAGUGGUCUCCUUGGAAAAUUGCUAUUGCACCAGAUGAACAGAAGCAACUGAAAAUUACUUGUGCUCGGGCAGGAGACGGGUGCGGCUACAGAGCUGAGGAAAUUUUCAAAGGCAAAACACAAGUACCAGCCUUGUAUGAAGUUUCUGUACAGACAAAUCAUCGCGCAAAAAGACAUAUCAUGUAUCAUAAACUGUCAUGCAAAGGGUUUCGUUCAUUGAAUUCAAAAUGGGAAAAUCGUUUACUAGGUAACUCGAACAUAACUGCACAAAUUGACAGUGUUGUAAAGAAAGGUUGUUGUGUUUACAUCCGAAGGGUGCUAUUAACAAAGCCAAAGAUGUUGAAUGAGGCUAACAAGUGUCUCACUCGAUAUGACUAUGCUUGGAAUGUGGUUAAAUCAGAACGAACCGGUCAUCGACAGGUUACAAAGAACUCGAUUGAUAUUUCAAACGAAAUGGAUAUUUCAUAAUUUAUGGCAACGUGUAGAGAAAGAAUCACCAUUACGAUAUAUGAAAUUUGCAGAAUUAACUGUGAUAAAGUGAUUGUCAAACGACGACACAUGCAUUAUGUAAUACUAGAGUCAGCUAACAAUCAUUGGUGGUCAGUA